AUGAGUGAAGUCUUGGAAACAAAACAUCCACAGCCACCAAUAGUUGUGUGUUUCUUCUCUCCAAGAAGUUCCCGCACUCUCAACUACCUUAAUGGCUUCCAUCGCUCCUAUGACACUUUUACAAGGAUGAGACUAUCGUUACGAUUUGGAAUACUCAAUAUUGUCGAUUAUCCACAAGGUAAAGAAUGUUUUUCAUUUAAGCGGUCUGUUAUGAAGCAAUCAUUAAAAUGGAUGUAAGAAUUUUUGUUUCUCUUUCAAUCAUUAGUUUAGAAAGAUUUGUUAGAAAAAACAGAAACACCACCAUUAGAAACUUACCUGGAUGACCACCCAAAAAUGCCAGUAUUUUUUGCUUGCUUAUGGUUGAUGGUUGUUACAAGGGAUUGCAACUAUAGUGUCUUGACUAGACGAUUUGGACACUUUGAAUAAGUAGUCAUUUAUGAGCAAUUAAAGUCGCAGAUCGAGUUUGGCUCUCUCCUUAAGUGACAGUAGGUAUAAUCUGUAUUUCUAUGGAUUUAUACUUAAAAAGCUUCUUGUAUAGAAAGAUGCUAACUCCUUUGUCAGAGAAAUCCGAUAGCCAGCUCCAGCUGUUCCUCAGUACAUAUGACAUUUUUGUUGUCUAUAUUUUCUGCAGUAAUCUCAAGGUAUGUCAGUGCAUCAAAUGUGUAUGCAGUGCCAUUUACUGUUGCUUUUUGGCAAGAGAGAGGGUCAACUACACAAAGUGAGUACAAAAUUGUUUAAGCAAGUCUUUCUUUCUAAAAAACGGUUGAGAUUCAUGAUUAAUUUUUUGCCUACAAAAUUGUUUGUACAACCUAAAUCAAACAUUUCAAGUACUCCGUAGCAGCAGCAUGAUUAACAAAGGGCAAUUAAGACCUUUUACAACUUUAAAAAGCCUACAAUGAGUGGUUGAAAAUCUUGAACCUUUUAUUUCAACAAACAGAGUUUGUAAUGAAACAGCAAGUGUUCGAUAAAGAUGUCCCUACUCCUCUACUGCUGUACGACUUUCUACAGAAGUUAUCUGUUAACCUGAUUCCAUCCACACCUUCAGAUGAUGAUGAGAAUGAAGAUUACAACCCAUGGAGAGAAAGCAAAGAC